GCAGGUGCGAGCACUAUUGAGCAUGAAAAUCUUUGCUUGUGCCCCGUCAGAAUGGGAUGACUGCCGCCGACUAGUCUAUACACGGAAAGCAUCUUCACUGUGACGAGGACCGUGUGCGAUUCUGCAUUCCCCCGCCGGCAUAACUGGAAGUGAUAUAAUGCUUAGCAGCAGACUUUUUUUUUUUAUCCACGGCGAACUUUGUCGGCGGUCUGUGUUGUGAGGGGUAUAAAACAUGGCUUUCGAGACAAUUGAUUCAAUUCCAAUCAACCAUGGAUAAUUGACAAUGUCCAAAUCCGCCCAAAAUACUACAUCCCCGGCCAUCGCCGAAACAGAUACCUCCAAGGAUACUACAGCCGAACGAACCCCAACCAUAACAACAGCCCCCAUCAACCCAAAGGAUGCCGACGACACAACCACCUUCUACAACACCCACAAACCCCUCAUAAACCUCCUCCCACCCGCACAGGAAUCCCGCCUCAUCCGCAAAAACCUGCUCUACCUCCUCGGCCAAACAUGGUGGAUAUCGUUUCUCAUCCAUCUCGACCGCGCGACGCUCUCGUCCGCGAGUACGAUGGGCAUUUUCAAGGAUGUGAAAAUGACAAAGAACGAGUAUAAUAAGCUGUUUAUUGUGUUUUAUGUCGGGUAUUUGGUGGCGUUGUGGCCCGGGGCGUGGGUGUCGCAGAGGAUUGGACAUAAGAGGUUUAUUACGGGAUCGUUGUUUUGUUGGGCGGUGUUGGUUGGGGUACAUCCGGCUGUUAGGACGGGGAGGGAGAUGAUGGCUGUGCGGUUUUUGCUGGGAUUGACGGAAUCACAGAUCGUGCCUUCAACGGCAAUCCUGCAUCAAGCGUUUUUUCCUCCGAAGAAGUCGCCCUGGGUUCAGUUGUUAUGGUGGACGGCUGGAUCUCUUGCUAAUGUUAUGCUGACUAUGGUCGCUUACAAGCUCAUUAAAGAUGAUAAUGCGGGAACGCUCAUCGGGGGCAUCGCGUCUUGGAAAUGGCUACAUAUCAUCUGCGCAAUCGUGACAUUCGCCAUAUUCCUCCCGUUGGUAUUUUUCCUGCCAAAUACGCCCGUUGAAGCAAAGUGGUUGUCGACAGAGGAGAAAGUGCAUACUAUUGAGAUGAUUCGAAGAACAAGAGCUGGAAUCGUAAAUUCGACAUGGAAAUGGGAACAUGUCAAGGAGUGCUUCUUGGAUGUCAAAAGCUGGCUAUUCAUCUUUCACAUGUUCUUCAACGAACUCCCCAACAACACCUCCGCCCAAACCCCCCUAAUCCUCGUCGGCUUCGGCUUCACCCCCGCCCAAAGCGCCCUCUUCAACAUCGCAAAACCCCUCUGGGGCAUGGUCCUAAUCCUAAUCUCCGCAGCCCUCCUCUACGCCACAAACCUCGGAACAGGCUACACCUGCGCUCUAUCUUACAUACCCUGUUUAAUCGGGGGAAUCAUCGAGCUUUCAUCUCCUUGGUCGAAUAAAGUAGCGCUGGUAGUCGGGACACAGAUAUCGUCGUUUAAACCGUCGUAUCUGCUGGGUUUGAAUUGGGCGGGGACGACGACGACGGGGCAUACGAAGAAAGUAACUCUUAUGUCGUCGUGUAUUGUUGCGGCGGCGGUUGCAAAUAUGAUUUCGCCCGAAUUCUGGCAAUCAAAAUACAGCCCCCGCUACGUCCUCCCAUGGUCCUUCAUGACAGCCUUCUGGUUCAUAUCGCCCAUGAUGUGUCUAAUCAUCCGGUUUUACUUGAACCAUCAAAACAAACUUCGAGAAAAGACUUUGGGACCAGGGGAACAGGGUGGCGAGCAGGAGCAGGAGCAGGGGAGUGAGAGUGAGGAAGAUGUCAGGGGAGGGUUUUUGGGGGAUAUGACGGACCGGGAGAAUUUGAGGUUUGUUUAUCCACUUUAGGGGUUGGGUUGGGUUGGUUGGUUGGUUGUGUAACGUGUUUGUUUUGUGGAGGAUAAGGGGGUAGUGGUCUGGUUUGAAUGCUUGAAUGGAAAGUGAUGCAUGAUGAAAGUGAAUAGAUAUCAGAAGUAGCAGAUAUCUUAAAAUAAAAAGGAAUCCACAUAAUCUGCACACGAUCAGUGCAUAUCCUGAAAAGUAC